AUGCCAACCUGCCCAACUCAUCCAAAUGCUCACCUCAUCGAAGACCCGCGGGCCGGUGAUGUGAUUUGCCCCGAGUGUGGCCUCGUUGUCGGCGAUAGACUUGUUGAUGUCGGAACCGAAUGGCGCUCUUUUUCGAAUGAAAACAGCGGAAACGAUCCAUCGCGUGUUGGCGCUCCGGAAAACCCUCUUCUCUCCAACGGUGAUCUAUCUACUCAUAUCGCUGUCGGCUAUGGUGCAAGUGAUAGUGAUCAAAGUUUGGCCAACGCUCAGCGCAAAACGAUGAACAAUGCUGAUCGGCAGAUGAACGCUGCCAUCGGAGUGAUUCGAGAUAUGAGCGAUCGAAUACAUCUUCCACGCAACAUUCAGGACAUCGCUGCCAAAAUCUUCAAGGACAUCCUCGACACUAAAGCACUUAAAGGAAAGAACAACGAGGCUCAAGCCGCUGCAUGUCUCUACAUCGCUUGUCGUAAAGAAGGAGUGCCGCGAACGUUUAAAGAAAUCUGUGCCGUGUCACGUGUAUCGAAAAAAGAGAUUGGGCGAUGCUUCAAAAUGAUCAUUCGUGUAAUGGAAACAAGCCUCGAGCAAAUUACCUCGUCCGACUUCAUGUCUCGCUUCUGUGGAAAUCUUGGAUUGCCAAUGCCGAUUCAGGUUUGUGCUACUCGUAUCGCGAAGAUGGCUGUCGAGAUGGAUCUCGUGGCUGGAAGGAGUCCAAUUUCGAUUGCAGCCGCUGCAAUUUAUAUGGCCGCACAAGCAUCCAGUGAGAAACGAACAGCGAAAGAAAUUGGUGACAUUGCUGGUGCAGCUGAAGUGACAGUCAAGCAGACCUACAAGUUGUUGCUACCAAAGGCAAGUGAGCUCUUUCCGCCUGAUUUUAAAUUCGUCACGCCCGUUGACCGACUUCCACUCAACGACCCU